UAUCUAUUUUAUUAUAAAACGCAAUAGAUUUAUUAAAAUUCGGAAGUGUGAGUGUUGAAUAACAGUACGUCUACAUUAGUAUUCCCGCUGUUUUCAGAACGUAAAGAUUACGAUUUUGAUGUUACAACAUUUUUAAGUUUAAAAGUAUUAAAAGUUUUUAAAGUGUGUACUUUAUAAAAUAAUUAGUGCUAUAAAUUACUUUAAGUGGUAUUAUAAAUAAUAGAUAUCAAUAGUGUUGUUCUGAGAAAAAUAUUUCUUACACGGGAGUGAUUUUCAUAAUGAUUUUAUGUAAAAAAAGAAAAGAUGUAUUUAAGUUUUUUAAUUAUGCCGAAAAAUCAACAAACCCAACAAAUAUUGAAUGAUACAAGAGAUGAUUCGUCUUCAUCUCGAGUUGUUAUGCUGUUUGGAUCAGAUGAGGAAUGUGACUUAACAUCGGAUGAUUUAACGUCUGGUGAUGAAGAUGCGUCGUCAGGAAAUCAAUUAACAGGGAUUCGACGGUUCCCAGUACCGGAUUCCCGAAAACCUUGUACUGUAACCAAUUCACGGGAACGCUGGCGUCAACAUAAUGUAACCGGUGCCUUUGCAGAACUUCGAAAAUUGGUACCCACUCACCCACACGAUAAGAAAUUAUCGAAAAAUGAAAUUUUAAGAAUGGCUAUCAAGUAUAUUCGUCUUUUAAGUGGUGUCCUCGAAUGGCAAGAAAAUCAACAAGAUUUCAGCAAUAAUAAUGAAGAUUGUAUGGACAAUAAUGUGUAUUUAUAAUUUAUAUAGUGGGUAUCACAAAAUAAAAUAUUAUAUUAUUAUAUAAUAUACUUUACGAUACUAUAAUAUAACAGUAAAUACUAAAAACCAUUUUUAGUUAACUUACGUUACUAGAAAUAUGUAUUUUUCAUUAGUAGUAAGUAGCUAUACGCUUAUAAAUUAAAAGGUAUUCACCUACUUAGAUACAUAAGUACAAAUGUUAGAAAUACGUAUAGCCGGUAUAGGUAUCGAUGUAAGUACCGUUGGAAUUUUUGUUAAUUGAUAUUAAAUAUUAUGUACAUAUAUUAUAUAAGUAUACUAGUUAAAAGUAUAGAGUGUAUAUAAAUAGACUACCCAGUUGGCAGUUAUAAUCAUAAUUAUUAUAAACGUUAUAUUACCUAACCAAUUAUAUAAAAUUUGUAAGAAUCAAAAGAUUCCAUAUAUAGAUCAUUGAUAUAACUAGUUAUGACUUAUAAGUGAUUUUAAUAUAUCUAUAAAAUUCUAUAAAAUUUUAUUAUAAACUUACUUGUAGCCUGUAGGUAUGGCUGUUUAAGCAAAUAGUAAUACGUAUAUUUAUUAAUACAUUAUAAGUUAUAACAUUAUAUAAGAUACGCUAUCGAAUAUAUAUUAUGCACAUUGCACAUACGAAUGAUGAUGUACCUAUUAAGCUAAAUAAAUAUUAAAUACUAAGUACCUAUAUUGUAUUAUAAUAUACCUAUAUUUUAAAUAAAUCGACGUCCACAACGGAGAUGAUACAGAACUAAAUAACUCUAUUUUUUUGGUUAAUACCUAAUGAAUGAUGACAAAAGUGGAAAAUUAUUUUUUUCUCUAUAGAACAGUUUUCAUUUAAAACUAAAAAAUAGUAGGUAAGUAAAUACAUAAAAAAAAUUUAAACUAUAUAUUAUAUAAUUUAAAAUUUAGAACUUUAAAUUCAUGUCGUACCUAUACUUAUAAUUUAUUGUAAAAAUUUAGUUACUAUUUUUUAUAUACAUAUGUAAUAUAUAUACUC